AUGUCGGAGAGCGGCGGUGGCGGCGGGGCCGCGGCGGGCGGGGGCGGCGGGGGCGGCGCGGGGGCUGCGGGCUCCGGACCCACCGACCCCGCCUCGCUGCCGCCCGGGGACCCGCAGCUCAUCGCCAUCAUCGUGGAGCAGCUCAAGAGCCGCGGCCUCUUCGACGGCUUCCGCCGCGACUGCCUGGCCGACGUGGACACCAAGCCAGCCUAUCAGAAUUUGAGGCAGAAAGUCGACAACUUUGUCUCGACCCACCUGGACAAGCAGGAAUGGAACCCAGCCAUGAACAAGAACCAGUUACGGAAYGGGCUGAGGCAGAGUGUGAUUCAGUCAGGAAUGCUGGAAGCUGGAGUGGACAGAAUUAUUUCUCAGGUGGUGGAUCCAAAACUAAACCACAUCUUCAGGCCCCAGAUAGAGAGGGCGAUUCAUGAAUUUUUGGCUGCACAAAAGAAAGAGGAAAAUGUGCCAGCUCCUCCUCCAGAGCCUGAGAAUAAGGAUCCUCCUGCUCCAUCUCAGGACGCCUCCUAAAGGGAGAUCCUGCUGCUGAGCAGCUGCAGUUCAAUGUCCUGUUAGCUUGGCAAUGGAUUCCUUGUUCCCUUCGGUGCAGGAUUUGCUGCCUGCCAAAGAUUUGAUGAACCUUUGUAGGGCCUGUGGGAAAUAGGCACUGAAAUGGUGAAAUUCAGGUGCACCUGGAGUUGUGCCCAGUUGUGCACUGCCCAAGUGGGGAGAGGUUUUUGCUGUGAACUGCAGGGAGCAGCAUGUAUUUAUUAGUCAUGCCUUGGGGCAAGGGGGUGGGAAGGAAAAGGGAGUUAUGUGGUGUCUGGAGGGAGCAGGGAAAUGGUUGGAGAUGAUACAAGGAGCACAAAGAAAUGAGAGAGGGUUUGGGGGUGGGGAAUUCACUUGGAGACCAAGCAGAGCUGUCAGAUUUCCUUUGAUGGAAGCCAGAGAGAGGAAGCCUCRUGCACCUUUGGGGGGUAGGAGGUGCUGAAUCAGGUGUAACUCACUGCACUGCCUGCUUUAGGAAGGGCAUUUCCUGUUCAAAACUGGAGAUGAGGCUUCAGGAUCAAUUAUCCAGAUAAAUUUUGUCCCAUCACAGGAACACGUUUACAGUUGGCUAUGCCUAUAGCUGAUGUCACUCCUCAUUCCCAGGGAAAUCUGGGAAGCAAAGGGCACACCAAACUAAGGGAUCAGGUGGACAUUUGUCCCUUUCAGCUUGGAAGACUUUUCUUUCUCAGGUGCUUGGUGGAAACUGUCUUAUGCUUUCAGCUUGAAUGCAUGCAGUGUCCUCUGGAUGACAGUCAAAUGGAGAAUGUGAUCAACUAUUCUGCCAGCAAAUAUCCACACCUUUUUGCAAUAAAACAGCUCAAAAAGCA